CUGAUCACCUGUUAAAGACUUAAAGGUUAUAUUUGCUGUCACUUUUUUCACGCUCCGUGAAUCAAUCCAAGGAACUUUUUCCUUCCCAGUCUCUCAAAACUUUCUUACUCUCUCUCUAUCCGACCGUUUCUUGCAAUCAGCUGCAGCCAGGGUUUCUAUCACAGACAAUACACGCACGUUAAACUUGUUGAAGUUGAAAUAAGGCGAAAACGAUCAGGAGAUGUCUCCUGCGGAGGAUCUUUGGGAACGGUUAGUGCGUGCAGCACUCCGUGGGCAGAGGUCCGGUACUGAUGCUAGCUCGAGACCAGUGGGAGGAAUUGCAGCAAAUGUUCCGUCUUCGCUUGCAAAUAACAGGGACAUAGACGACAUAUUGAGAGCUGCGGAUGAAAUUCAAGAUGAAGAUCCAAGUGUUUCUAGAAUCUUAUGCGAGCAUGCUUACUCAUUGGCUCAAAAUCUGGAUCCGAACAGUGAGGGGAGGGGUGUAUUACAGUUCAAGACUGGAUUGAUGUCUGUAAUUAAGCAAAAACUAGCAAAAAGGGAAGGUGGAACUAUUGACAGAACCCAGGACAUUGCCCGCUUACUGGAGUUCUACAGACUAUAUCGGGAGCGUCAAAAUGUGGACAAGCUUCGAGAAGAAGAGCAGAAAUUGAGAGAGUCAGGUGUAUUCAGCGGUAACCUUGGAGAGUUGGAGCGGAAGACCGUUAAGAGGAAAAAGGUUCUAGGAACCCUAAAGGUUCUGGGAGCGGUCCUAGAACAGUUGAGUAAGGAGCUUUCACCUGAAGAUGCUGAUAGAUUAAUACCUGGAGAGCUGAAAAACAUGAUGGAAUCAGAUGCAGCCAUGACAGAGGAUCUAACUUAUAAUAUUAUUCCUUUUGAUGCCACCACCACAACAAAUGUUAUAGUUUCUUUCCCUGAGGUUCGUGCUGCAGUUUCAGCUUUAAAGUACUUCAACGGGCUGCCGAACUUGCCGGGAACCUUUCCUGUACCCACAACAAGAAGUGCUGAUAUAUUCGAUUUUCUUCAAUUCACGUUUGGAUUUCAGAAUGACAAUGUAUCUAACCAGCGUGAGCACGUUGUUCAUCUUCUAGCGAAUGAGCAAAGCAGGUUUCGAAUUCCGGAGGAACCUGAGCCAAUUUUGGAUGAGGCUGCCGUCCAGAAGGUAUUUUUGAAGUCCUUAGAUAACUACAUUAAGUGGUGCAAUUAUCUGGGUAUCUUGCCAUUGUGGAGCAAUCUUGAUGUUAUUAGCAAGGAGAAGAAGUUGAUGUUCAUUUCUUUGUAUUUCAUGAUAUGGGGUGAAGCUGGCAAUGUUCGGUUUCUUCCAGAGUGCUUGUGCUACAUUUUUCACCAUAUGGGAAGGGAGAUGGAGGAGAUAGUACGGCAGCGAGUUGCGAUGCCUGCAAAUAGCUGCGUUGCUGAAAGUGGUGUUUCAUUUCUCGAUCAAGUUAUAUGUCCUCUUUAUGAUGUUCUUGCCGCGGAAGCUGGAAAUAAUGAUAAUGGGCGGGCGCCUCAUUCUGCAUGGAGAAACUAUGAUGAUUUCAAUGAGUACUUCUGGUCACUCAAUUGCAUUGAACUUAGUUGGCCUUGGAGGAGAAGUUCAUCAUUCUUUCUGAAGCCAACACGGAGAUCAAAGAACUUUAUUAAAUCUAGUGGAAGCAGCAAACGCCAGGGGAAGACUUCUUUUGUUGAACACCGGACUUUCUUGCAUCUUUACCAUAGUUUCCAUCGCCUAUGGAUAUUUCUUGUGAUGAUGUUUCAGGGGCUCACUAUUAUUGCUUUCAAUGAUGGGCAUUUUAACUCAAAGACCUUACGAGAAGUUCUGAGUCUUGGGCCUACAUACUUUGUGAUGAAGCUUUUGGAAAGUGUAUUGGAUGUUAUUAUGAUGUAUGGAGCCUUUUCUACAUCAAGACGCUUAGCUGUUAGCCGAAUAUUCCUUCGUUUUCUUUGGUUCAGUGCGGCUUCAAUAUUUAUUGGUUUCCUUUAUGUGAAAGUCCUUAUGGAGAAGACCAGGCCCAAUGCAGAUUCAAUUUUCUUCAAGACUUAUGUCAUUGUUCUCUCCGUAUAUGCUGGUUUCCACUUCUUUGUUAGCUUCCUGCUACAAAUUCCAGCCUGCCAUCGGUCAACAAAUCAAUGUGAUCAGUGGCCUUUUAUCCGGUUUGUCAAAUGGAUGCACCAGGAACAUUUCUAUGUUGGCCGCGGCAUGUAUGAAAGAGCUUCUAGCUUCACCAAAUAUUUUGUCUUUUGGCUUGCUGUUUUGGGAGGCAAAUUUAGUUUUGCCUAUUUCUUACUAAUUAAGCCCUUGGUUAGUCCCACAAGGUUUGUGGUUGGAAUGGAUAUCCAGCAAUACUCCUGGCAUGAUUUUGUUUCCAAAAAUAAUCAUAAUGCUUUGACCAUCGCAAGCUUCUGGGCUCCUGUGUUUAUAAUUUACCUCCUAGACACUCAUCUGUUCUACACUAUUAUAUCUUCUAUCUGUGGUUUCUUGCUGGGGGCAAAGGACCGUCUUGGGGAGAUUAGAUCCUUGGAUGCUGUUCAAAAACUUUUUGAAAGAUUUCCUGCAGCUUUUAUGGAUACUCUUCAUGUGCCCCUUGGCAUUAGGGAAUCCAUGCUUUCAUCUAGUUUGGAAAUGGAGAGGAACAAACUGGAUGCUGCUAAGUUUGCUCCUUUUUGGAACGAGAUUGUAAAGAAUUUGAGGGAGGAAGACUACAUUAAUAGUUUGGAAAUGGAGUUACUUUUAAUGCCAAAAAAUUCUGGGAUAAUUGAGAAUAUUCCCUUGGUUCAAUGGCCCUUAUUCCUCCUAGCUAGCAAGAUAUUUCUUGCAAAAGAUACUGCUAUUGAGAGUAAAGAUUCUAGACUUUCACAAGAUGAGCUGUGGGACAGGAUUUUGAGGGAUGACUACAUGAAAUAUGCUGUUGAAGAAUGCUAUUAUACCCUUAAAUUAGUCCUCACGUCUGUAUUGGAUGAUGAGGGUAAAAAGUGGGUUGAGAGAAUAUAUGAUGAGAUUCAGGGGAGCAUAGCUAACAGGAGUGUACUUGUUGAUAUUGAAUUGAAUAAACUACCACUAAUGAUUCAGAAAGUUACUGCACUUUUGGGAAUACUGAAAGAAGAGCAUUCCCAGAAACAGGAAAGUGGUGCUGUUAAUGCAAUGCAAGACCUAUAUGAUGUUAUGCGAUGCGAUGUCCUUCAUGUGAACAUGAGUGAGCACCUUGAAACAUGGAAUGAUUUGUUAAAAGCUAGGAAUGAAGGUCGCUUAUUUCAGAAGUUGAAGUGGCCAAGAGAUGCUGAGUUGAGGGCUCAAGUCAGACGGCUGUAUUCACUUCUCACUAUCAAGGACUCUGCUCACAAUAUCCCAAAAAAUCUUGAAGCCAGAAGGAGGCUAGAGUUUUUUACAAAUUCCCUUUUCAUGGAGAUGCCAGUAUCAAAGCCUGUCCGUGAGAUGUUGUCCUUUAGUGUGUUUACACCAUAUUACUCUGAGACUGUCUUGUACAGCAUGUCUGAACUCCGUAAGAAAAAUGAAGAUGGGAUCUCAACUUUAUUUUACCUCCAAAAGAUAUAUCCAGAUGAGUGGAGAAACUUCCUUGCUCGUAUUGGUCGUGAUGAGAAUACAUCAGAAUCAGAUCUUAGUUAUAAUGCCAAUGAUACUCUUGAAUUGCGUUUUUGGGCGUCAUACAGAGGACAAACAUUGGCAAGAACUGUGCGUGGAAUGAUGUACUACCGGAAAGCUCUCAUGCUUCAAGCUUAUUUGGAAAGGGUGGCAGCUGGAGAUUCUGAGGCUGCAAUUUCAAGAAGUGAAGCAACUGAUACCCAAGGGUUUGAGUUAUCUCCUGAAGCAAGAGCACAAGCAGAUCUUAAGUUUACUUAUGUAGUUACUUGCCAAAUAUAUGGGAAGCAGAAAGAGGAGCAAAAGCCUGAGGCUGCAGACAUUGCAUUACUAAUGCAAAGAAAUGAAGCACUACGAGUUGCUUUCAUUGAUGAAGUUGAGACAUUAAAGGAUGGAAAAUUGCACAAAGAGUAUUUCUCAAAACUUGUGAAGGCUGACAUCAAUGGGAAAGAUAAGGAAAUCUAUUCCGUAAAACUGCCUGGAAAUCCAAAGCUUGGUGAAGGAAAACCUGAAAAUCAAAAUCAUGCUAUUAUUUUUACACGUGGAAACGCAAUACAGACUAUUGACAUGAAUCAGGAUAAUUACUUUGAGGAAGCUUUGAAAGUCAGGAAUCUUCUAGAAGAAUUUCACCGUGACCAUGGAGUUCGCCCCCCUACUAUUCUUGGUGUUAGAGAGCAUGUGUUUACUGGGAGUGUGUCUUCUUUAGCAUCCUUCAUGUCUAAUCAGGAAUCUAGCUUUGUGACUCUUGGCCAACGUGUGCUAGCAAAUCCUUUGAAGGUUCGUAUGCAUUAUGGUCACCCAGAUGUUUUUGAUAGAGUAUUCCAUAUAACUAGAGGUGGUAUCAGCAAAGCCUCUCGUGUCAUAAAUAUUAGUGAAGAUAUUUUUUCGGGAUUCAAUUCAACUUUACGCCAGGGUAAUGUCACCCACCAUGAGUACCUUCAGGUUGGCAAGGGGCGAGACGUUGGACUCAAUCAGAUUGCUUUGUUUGAGGGAAAAGUUGCAGGUGGUAAUGGUGAACAAGUCCUCAGUAGAGAUGUCUACAGGCUUGGUCAGCUUUUUGAUUUCUUCAGAAUGCUUUCGUUUUACUUCACAACUGUGGGAUUCUACUUCUGUACUAUGUUAACAGUGCUGAGUGCUUACAGUUUUCUAUAUGGAAGAGCCUAUUUGGCACUAUCUGGGGUCGGCGAAACAAUCCAAGAAAGAGCAGAUAUAUUUGAAAAUACUGCCCUAAAUGCCGCUCUCAAUGCACAGUUUCUUUUUCAGAUUGGCGUGUUUAGUGCGGUUCCAAUGAUUUUGGGUUUCAUCUUGGAGCAAGGAUUCCUUAAGGCCAUUGUUAGUUUUGUAACGAUGCAGGUCCAACUUUGCACUGUGUUCUUCACAUUCUCUUUAGGCACUAGAACACAUUACUUUGGCCGGACAAUUCUACAUGGUGGAGCGAGGUAUCAAGCAACCGGCAGGGGCUUUGUUGUUCGACACAUUAAAUUUUCAGAGAACUAUAGGCUGUAUGCCCGCAGUCAUUUCGUCAAGGGAAUGGAGAUUGUACUUCUAUUGGUGGUAUACCUUGCAUAUGGUUUUAGCACAAGUGCUAUAUCAUACGUUCUUCUUACAGUUAGCAGCUGGUUCUUAGCUAUCUCUUGGCUAUUUGCACCAUAUUUGUUUAAUCCAUCCGGCUUUGAGUGGCAAAAGACGGUAGAAGACUUCAGAGAUUGGACCAAUUGGCUUCUGUAUAGAGGUGGAAUUGGAGUUAAAGGUGAAGAAAGUUGGGAAGCUUGGUGGGAUGAAGAGCUGGCUCAUAUUCGAACAUUCAGUGGGAGGCUGAUGGAGACCAUUCUUAGCUUAAGGUUUUUUAUAUUUCAAUAUGGCAUUGUAUACAAGCUACAUGUACAGGCAGAUAAUACGUCUCUGACGAUUUAUGGGUUUUCAUGGAUCGUAUUUGCGGUACUUUUGAUCCUCUUCAAGGUGUUUACUUUCAGCCAGAAAAUAUCAGUUAAUUUCCAGCUGUUACUGCGUUUUGUCCAAGGCCUUUCCUUUUUGCUUGCACUAGCUGGUUUAGCUACUGCUGUUGCCCUUACUGAACUUUCUAUUGCGGAUGUAUUUGCUUCCAUAUUGGCUUUCAUACCCACCGGAUGGGGAAUUCUUAGUAUUGCGUCGGCAUGGAAACCUCUCGUGAAGAAAAUGGGGAUGUGGAAAUCGGUUCGGUCAAUCGCGCGUCUAUAUGAUGCCGGGAUGGGUAUGGUCAUCUUCAUCCCCAUUGCACUCUUCUCUUGGUUCCCCUUCGUUUCAACCUUCCAAACCCGCCUUAUGUUCAACCAAGCAUUCAGUAGAGGUCUAGAGAUCUCUCUUAUCCUUGCUGGGAAUAACCCCAACACUGAUUUGUGAUCCGCGUUGGGACAAACUUCACCUUUUUGGAGUGUCCAGUUUCUGUAUUUUUGUAGUCAGCUUCUUUUAGGUGCAAAUAAUAACUUAUGUAUUCAUUCGUACUCCGCAUUAAUGGUUGAGUUAUUUUUAUUGUGAGAUAAACUUCGUUUCAACCUUCCAUCCCCAUUGCCUGUCAUUGUGAUGAAGAUUUCAUAAUGAUGUCGUACUGAGGUAAACGUAGGGGGAUUCAAGCGGGUUCCUGUCUGUAAAACGGAACCGUACAACUGUACAAGGCAUAACGAGGUAUACACUAAUAUUUAUAACAUUAAAACAAUGUAUAAAAAUAAAAUUAA